AACUAUAAAUAAACAUGUCUGCCGCCACAGUUUAACAAUCUUGCCCUUAGUCAGUUACGGUAAAAGGUUACAAUCUACAGACGGCGGAAAGUCAACGCGGACCCGGCAAACGGAUCGGAUGACGAGCAACAGGUUGCCACGGACGCCGGCGGUCAGCCGAGAGCAGGACGCGCGGCCGCCGACCCUGCAAUUUUACGGGCGCUCCCCGCUGGCGAGCCGGAGCGCAGCGCGGGCGGACGUCUACAACAUCGAAAUUAGCGACGACGACGACGACGACGACGACAUUCAGGCAAUGACGCUGCCACAGUUGCGUUCACAGAGAAUGCAGAAAAAAACUUUUGUGGCGGACCAAACCGAACUGGAUAGGAACAAAUAUAAGGCAGAGUUGCAAGAUGCGGGAUUCUACGAAGAAGGAAUGACUUUGUCUGAAAUGAAGGAACUGAGCCUGGCACUAAGCAUGUCAAUGGAAGCAGAAAAGAAGGAAAACAGCUAUAAAAUGCUAGUCGAAGACCAGGCACACUACUUAGAGCAGCAGGGAUUGGAUCACACAUCACCAAUACCCAAGACCGAAUUCCCCAGCAAGCGUUUUGCGCAUUCGCGCACUCGCCAGCCCAGCGACGGCAGCAGCGGCCGCGCAUCUUGUCAGAGCGGACAGGAAAGUGCCGCGGGAUGCCAGACUCCUGAUCUGUUUCCCUGUAGCGAUACAGGUGCCACACAGGAGGAGAGAAGGGCGACAGGAGCGGACGACGCCGCGGUGGAAGGCGACGUUGUGAUCGACGACGACGACUACGACGACGACGACGACAACGACGUGGGCGUGGAGUGCACGGCGGGUCUUCGCGCUGAGGAAGGGCCGCGGACAAACGGACUACGGAAGCUGUACUCUGGAAGCCCCGGUUGGGAACGCGAUGGAACGUUUGCCGUCGACGAAGAAGGGGAUGGAGCGCGAGGAACAUUGCUCUCACCACCGAUUGUCAGCUCGGCUGACGAGCGUUUUCGUCUAGACCGAGAUGUUAUUGUGUCUGCAAGUCUUGCCAACAAACAAAGGAUGGCAAAGAUGAUCAUUGAUUGUCAAUCCUUUAAGAAUAAUACACCUUGGAAGCCAAUUAAUGUUGGACCAUGUGUACCUGGCUCGCUGAUCUACCGGAAAAAGGGUAGAUCGGUUGUACAGGAUCCACCAGAGUUGUCAGGCAAAAUGGUAACUCUGCAAGGCAGCAAGACCACAUCAGCUCAAGGCAGAAUCACUAGAAGGACCCGCGCGUGGCAUGACAGCGACGGCGAUCCCGCCCCGCCGGUGGCGCCCUCCCACCGCAUGAUGACGCGCAGACAAGUGAACAUCUUCGACGAGAGCGACGAAACGCUGCCCGACCUCGUCGUCCCGGCGGCCGACGACAACGACGGUCGCCGCGGCGACGGCGACGCCCUGCGCGUCGUCCGCAACCGCAAUCCGGCCGGAAAGACGAUCGGAGGAGGCGGCGCCGCCGCGCCGAACCCUCGGCCUGAAUCCGACCUGCCGGCGAGAAGACGAUUGCGGCCCCUGGUGCCCGCGCGUCCGCUCGGCGAAAGCUGGGACGAGGCGCCCGCAGCGCGAGACAUGAGACGGACGUACGGCUCGGGCAGACGGCUCGCCGGAGGGCAGCGUCCCCGCCUCCUCGCGUCUAGCUCGGCACCGACGGUCGGUCGCCGCGGCGACCCCGCUGCUACCUCGACGACGGCGGCGGCGGCUUUUGAUUGGUCGUCGGAUGACGACGACGACGACCGCGACGGGAACGCGGACGGAGGAGAGAACGAGUCUGACGUCGCGCAGCGGAUGGACAGCAAAUGCGGCGGCGAUGGUGGCGCCACCGCUGCGCCACUCGCCGUCGGGAAAGCACACGGAGCAGCGGGGGAAAUGGACGAACAGCGUGGGACGUCGAAACAGCCGAGCGCGCGCUCCGCGCAAGUCACGGGAGAGAGGGUGCCGCGACAAAGAGUCCGCGUUGCUGCGAGAGCAAAGCCACCAGAGGGCACCACGGUGGCAACGCGCAGACCUAAGACUGCUGAAGUGGUCGAGAACCGGAGACCGGAAGUCAAAGCCGACGACGGGGGAGGGAAACGGAAAGCAGAAUCCAACACCAUCAACAAGGGAGAGAAACGGAGACUGGAAUCCAAAGCCGCCGACGGGGUAAGGAAGCGAAAACCGGAAUCCAACGCCGUUGACGGGGGAGAGAAACGGAGACCGGAAUCCAAAACCGCCGACGGGGGAGAGAAGCGAAAUCUGGAAUCCAACGCUGCUGACGGGGGAGGGGAGCGGAAACCGGAAUCCAAAUCUGCCAAUGGCAUCAGGAAGCGAAAAUUGGAAUCCAACGCUGUCGACUGGGGAGAGAAGCGGAGACCGGAAACGACACGGGUCACGAGAAUGACUGCAAAGUGUGUCGAUGUUGCGAAAGUUGCCGAGCCGACCGCCGAGCAGCGGCAGCGCCAUGAGGACGACGACGACGACGAUGACAUGACCCAGAUUCACCCGCGAGCCCUCGCUGGAGGCAGUGUUGCCACGGCGAUGCAGCCGCCGGAGCCCGGUGUCAUGCGGCGUGUGCACGUGCGCUGUCCGCUGUGCGCUCUUCACUACCGGGACGACGUCAUAGAGCUACACGCAGCCGAGUGCACGGGCGAAAGAAGCUGUACCAAGGAGGAACUUGACAGUACCUGCGUCGCUAAGGCGACGAGAGGCUCUGGCGAUCGGAAAAAGCUGCGGUUCAACGUCACCGAUGUCGUCCAAAUACUCACCACGACCGACGGCAGCGGCAGUGAUGACGACAUCCGUUACAGCGACAACGUCGACGACAUCUCCUGCUGGAGUCGGCGGCGAAGGCUCGAGCAGCGCCACCUACCCAUGUCUCCGCAGGACAGCUCUCCCAGCGAGCGCUGCUACCUGUGUCAAAAGAUGAUCCCCUUCAAGGCCUACCCGCGCCACGUCUCACGCUGCAUCGUCGCCCGCGAGGGGGCGCCACCCGCAUCCACGCCCGCGCGCACAGUCGAAGAUUCGGACAUCCACGACGACGACGACGACGACGAUGACGUCAAGUGCAAGCGCAUGCAGUGA